AAUGAAUUAGUCCAAAAUGGCGCGCAAGUUGUUGAUAUUGUCCAUCUGGUCGUUAUGGUGUUUGCCGUCGUUAUCUAUAGACUUUAUGAUCCCCUUUACUACUCCAGAAAGUUGUAAAACCAAUCAGUAUUUUCAGUUCUCGUCGUUACGUUGUGUAGACUGUGGUUCUCCAGGUCAGGAACGAAGUAAUGACGGUUUGUCUUGCACCUGUCAAACGAGCUUCAAGAUGGUUGAAAACAAAGGUGGUCCUUCGAUUGUUUGCGAAGCAUGCAACAGUGCUGCUGGUUCAGGGAAUCUUACAAGCUCCCUUGAUGGUAGUUUCUGCAUCGAAUGUCCCACCGAUGUUGGUUUUAAUGUAAAGACGGGCACAUGUAACAGCUGCCCCUCAGAUUCUGUUGCCACAGAUCGCAGUCGUAACGGAACAAGAUUGUCGACUAGGAAAUGUGAACGUUGUGUCGAAGACACAACGCCAGGCGGUGAAGAGCUGCAAGCCUGUAGACGCUGUCAUUCAAGCUUUUUUCUCCCCAGUAAUGUCUCAGUCUGUUCUUCCUGCACUGAAAAUGGUUUUGUUAUUUCAGGAGGAGUAUGCUUUGACGAAACUGUUCUGCUGAAGGAAACGAGUAGUAUGUACAAAGUUGAAUAUGGCGAGAAGUCGUUCGAUUCGGCGUUUUUCCGGUCAAAUUUUAUAGCAUCUCAAGCGUUGUGUAAGACGGAUUCAAACUUCACAGCCUGUCAGCUGUUAGGAAAUCUCUGUGUUUUGCUGGACUAUACUCAGGGUGGAUCCGCUUGUAAAGAAUACACUGACCUUGUAAACAGCAAAAUUCCCCUCGGAAUCGUAAAUGAUGACAACAGAGACUGGCCUGUAGUAAUGCCUUGGCUGUUUUAUCAAUCAUCAGCCAGCGAUGCACCAGAGGUCCUAGACAAAAAGGAGAUCACAAAAAAGUUUCAGCGAAACGAAGACAUAGGCUUUGUUCUUGCAGUGUACACGCUGAAUGGCUCAUUUGUUGGUUAUGAAAACGGCCUUGAUACUCUCCAGAUGUGCAAAGACCGGCCUUCAAAAAUGGCUGCUGCUUUAAGGUUUGCAACAACGUAUCGCUCAUCUUGUUCAAUCGCAGUGAAAGAGAUGACAAAAAUGCCCAUGUUCCUGUAUGACAUGUUUCUUUCCCUGGGUGACGACCUCUACCCUGUACCGGUACUGAUGGAAAAUUAUGUGGAGAAUGACGAAAAUGUGAACGAGGGCAGUGACAGAGAAAAGUGGGUACUCACAAGAAGAUUCUAUGUCACUGAUAAUCUUAUUGGAAUAUCAGCCGGUGGUAAUCAGGAACUGCAGUAUAUCCGUUAUUCUUCAAAGAUUGAGCUGAACAUAAGGUUGCGCUCAUCCGACGGUGAAAUAUAUCCUCCGAUGUUGCGUAUCAAGUAUGAUGCACUUGACUUGAAUGAUGAAGAUACACUGAACAGCGACAAGGAAGUAUCUUUUGCUGUCACUUACGAAAUGGAUACAUCCACAAUAAAGAAGGAUACAGAGAUAGCCAUUGGUUGCCUCUCUGCUCUGGCUGCCCUAUUGGCUUUGGUCAAGGUGAUGGCAUGGAGACGUCGACAGGGCCGUAUUGAAAUUGAUGGUGCUUCCUUGCUGAAGUUCAUUCUGUUUUGUUUUGGCACAAUCUCUACCAUGUUUUUCUGGGUCAUUUUUGGAUUGUCAGUUCAGUGGCUCAUUUUUUUCAAAAGACAAAAGACAGUUUACCAGCUUCUUCCAACACCAAGCCAAGAACGAUUGUUUCUCGACCUGGUGGGUGUAACCAUUGCAUUCAAGAUCAUCGAUCUUCUUCACAUGCUCUGGUCUCAAAUCUCAUUUGAGAUAUUUUUUGUCGACUGGGAGCGCCCCCAGGGGAGAGUAAACCAACCUACCCAGGGUGGAGAGGCAGGGGCUAUGGAUGCCCCAGUCAGCAUCUGGAGGACCCUGUUUAUUGCAAACGAGUGGAACGAAAUCCAAACGAUUCGGAAAAUCAAUCCAGAGCUACAGAUUUUUCUUGUGUUGUUGUUCUUGAAAGUAGUUGGACUUGAGUAUCUGGCAACAACAGACCCACAGAGUACCACCACAGUUAACCCGACAACUGAUUAUGUUGGCGAGUACAGCAAGGUUUUGCGAUUUGCUAUUCUGUCAAUCGUAUUCCUGUCUGUGGAAGCUGUACAAUGGUUCUUUUUUGCAUUUAUUUACGAGCGAUUUGUUGGAGAUGCACUUGGUGAUUUUAUUGACUUGUGUUCCAUGAGUAAUGUCAGCAUCUUUAUCUUAGAGAAUACUCGUUAUGGUUACUACAUACAUGGUCGCUCAGUUCAUGGCCGUGCAGACACAAACAUGUGGCAGAUGAAUGAACAGCUCAAGCGGGAAGAAGAAGACCUGUGUGGUAAGAGGGGCCUUGAACCCAAUUCAGAGCGGCAGACAUUCGAGGUUGAAGUACCAGCCAAGUUUCGUGAACAGUAUGAAGAAGUUGUCCGACCACUUCAUCAGAGCGACAUGCAGCAGCAGAGGAGGAACAUGCCUAACAAUCCCAUGGGGCAAGAUGGCCGUGGAAGUCGCCUCGCCCCAGCUGUGGAAAAACGUCUUCAGGCUUACAACACCUUGAAUCGCUUUCUGUCAGCCUUCAUCGAUCACUCACUGAGGGACCUUGAUUACCUGGUAAGGGACAAGCUCCUUUUUGAGAGGAUCUUAAACAUGGAGCUAAAAGACCUCCCACCUCCUGAAAAGGCAAUAUUUUACAACGAUGAUGGCCGCUCGUUUAACUCGAUUCUGUUUUAUGGCAAUGAGUGGACUCUGAUGCUUUUUGACCUGUUGACAUUUGCUGCUAUGGAUUUGAUAUACCCUGAUUAUGUUCUUGCGGGCAUCAUGUCCUAUGUACUCAGUAAGAUUGUGAUGUUAUUGCGAAAUAAGUUGGGAAGGAGUAAUCUCACAAGAAAGACACUUGUCGAUGAAAGGUUUUUGAUUUAAAGUGGCUUCUCUUUAAGUCAGAGUAUUCAUUGCAAAAAUAGAUGUAAGUCUUGUUAUCUAUAAAUAAACUACAAGUGGGAAAGCAUCGAGGCAGUGGGAAAAAUUUAACAGGCAACAAGCAGAUGGCGCGAAAAAUGUGGCACAGAGAAAGGGGUUGGCGCAAAAAUUGUGCAGGAAACUAGCAAGUUGCACACAAAAUGCGACAGAAAGCACGCAUGACUCUGCGAGGUGCUGAUACUCAUCACACCCCUUCGGGUACAGUUACACUUCAAAGCACAAUAUUUUGCCAAUGUGUGAUCAGCAUGAAUUUUGAUUUCAUUUUUCUGAGGUUUUCUGUUUUUUGUUCACUUAUGACUUUUAAUAGUCCCAAACCACCUGUAGAAGGUUUCUGAACUGGAUGCAUUAAGAAUUCAAAAGGCUGCUAAUGGUCGCUAAUGCUGAAUGGUUGCUUAGGGGCGAAGUUCAUGACAACAGGGGAAAAAAAACAGAUGCAUAUAAAAUUUAGUUUGGGUAAUUUUCGUAUUGCAGCAAUUUUACUACUUUAUGCUUUAAAUCCGCCUUUGCCACGUUCAGGGUUAGUCUGCAUUCAUUAACUUGAACAUUAAAAAGUACCAUUUCCAUUAGGGCAUAUAUUUAAAUAAUAUAUUAUUGUUAUUAUAAUUUUUGUCAUCAAUCGGUAAAUGUUGCAAAAUUUGACAUCUUGUCAGCAUGCUUGGCAUGCACUCUGAAGAGAACUGGCGGGCUCAUCAACCAAUAUCUCCCCCGACUGAAUUCAGUAUGCUUGUGUGACAAGCAACACUGUAUUGUCUUAAAAGUAAACUCGGGGUUGUGUAGUGAAUUCAGAAAUAAAGUUGAAAGUUGUGCUACCUA